CGUCACGUUGGACAGGCCAAGAAAGUGGAUAUGCUAAAAGAUCCCGGCGGCGGCGGCUUAGGGCUCCAUCUCCAAACGAUUCAAUCAUGUGGGCGGGCGGGCACACAAGUUCCGACACAAGCUUUAGGUCUGUAAUAAUGCACCAAGUACCGUACAUCUUCAUAGAAUCCAUAUGAACCUGCAGCGCACUCGUUAUUCCUUUCAAAUCGUGAAUCGUCGUUGAUUGAGAGACGAAGAGUGAACUCUGUUCUCGUUUCCGGAAUCUGGUUGAUAGAUUAGAGAAAUGGUGGGAGCUGCGAAGAGUAGCCACCACGAAGGGGAUGAAGACGAGGACCUGGAAUUCUCCUCCAGGACACCUCUCGAUGAUUCCUCCGACAAGGUGGAGGGUAUGAACAGUGAUCAGCAGAAGAAAAUCGCAUUUAGGUCCAAGCAUUCUGAGACAGAGCAGCGUCGGAGGAGCAAAAUCAAUGAGAGAUUCCAAACUUUAAGGAAUAUCAUACCCGAUAAUGAUCAGAAGAGAGACAGAGCUUCAUUCUUGCUGGAGGUUAUACAGUAUAUUCAGUUCUUAAAAGAUAAAAUACAGAUGUAUGAAGGACCAUACCAAGGUUGGAGUCCAGAGCCCUCAAAGUUGACACCGUGGAGAAGAGCUUCUGGCCCUCCCCAAAUCUUCACAGAACAGUCUCAGCUGAUCAGAAAUGGUUCUUCUCAUGAAGACAAUGCUGGCGUGGACUCGAUAUUUCUCUCUAAUGCACACGAGUCUUUAGAAUCGAGUUUGAAUGGAGAACCCGUCUUUAAAACAAUGGAUGAACAACACCACACAUUGGGUUCUCAGGCAAAGUGGUUUGAUUGGCAUGGCAAACAACAUGAAAAUAGUGAAAUACAGAUUGCUGAUCAGAAUGACAUAGAAGAGCAGAAAAAUGAAUGGGAGAAGGACAAAUGUCCUAAUGAGUACUCUCAGAGGGUGCUGAAUACUCUAAACCAGUCCUUGGUAUCUAUGGGAGUGGAUAUGUCACAGGCCAAUGUUUCAGUUGAACUUGAUAUUGUCCAACAGACAAAGUGCAGAAUUGCCAUUUCCACAUCAAAUAGUUGCGAGAAAUAUGACCAUGGCCAUAAAAAGAUUAGAAGAUAACAGAAGUAACAAGUUCUGGUCCUUCUCCUCAUAAGAGCCCCCCC